AGCUACUGAUUAAAAAAAACUAAAUUAUACAACGUAAUAAUGUUAAAUAUUUUAACGAUGAUGAAAUAUAAAAUGUUUAGUAGAUUAUUUACAAAAACAUGCUUAAUAACACCGCCGACUCAAAUAACAACGUACUCUACAACAUCUGGUGCGGAAACAGUUGAUUUAGCAUAUUCUUCUUACGAAAAUACUUCAGACGAGAAUAGUAAAACUCCUCCUGUUAUUAUUCUACAUGGUUUAUUAGGUUCAAAGAACAACUGGAAUAGUAUGAGUAAAGCUAUACAUAAAACGACGGGAAGAAAAGUCAUCAGUAUAGAUGCUAGAAAUCAUGGAGACAGCAAACAUUCAUCUCAACAUUCUUAUCUGCAUAUGGCUCACGAUGUCAUGAAGCUUCUUAAAAGCUUGGAUAUAACGAAAGUUUCACUAUUAGGGCACAGUAUGGGCGGACGUACUGCAAUGGUCCUUUCACUGCUAUGUUCUGAUCUUGUGUCUAGUAUGAUUGUGGUUGACAUUUCUCCAGUGAAAAUAAGCCCCCAGAUAUUUUCUAUGAUAAACCUCUUAGAUGCCAUGGCAGCUGUGUCCAUACGUUCAGGAAUAGCUAUGUCCAAAGCAAGAAAACUUGCAGAUGAACAGCUCAAAUCAAUUACGCCGGAUGUCAAUUUGAGAAAUUUCCUCCUUACAAAUUUAGUACAAACGAACACCGGAUCAUAUACUUGGAGAGUAAAUUUACCGGCCUUAAAAGAAAACUUUCAACAAAAUAUAUCGUGUUUUCCCGCCAGUUUGAAAGGUCUUCAAUAUUGCGGACCGACAUUGUUUAUAGGAGGUACUCUUUCAGAUUUUAUAGGGAAAAAAGAUCUACCCGCAAUCCAGGAAUAUUUUCCACUAGCUGAAUUGAAAUUUGUUGAGGGCGCUGGCCACUGGGUCCACAGUCAGAAACCGGAGAAAUUUCUAGAACUUGUUUGCGGUUUUCUUAAAGAUACUUAAAUAAUAUAGAUUUAAGAAACAUAUCUGUGAUCAUGUCUACAAGUUGACAUUCUGUAAUCAAAAUUUAGCUCACUUUUGUUCGUGUUUAUAUAAAAUAAAAAAAAAUUAAAAGAAGCUAUACAUUUGUUAAAUAAUAUAUCUAGUUUAUUAUUUAUUUAUUUUUGAUGAAUUAUUUUGAUGUUCCUUUUUGUUAGUAAAUAACAUGUUGAAAAAAAUCAA